AUGGUCGCGCUACCUCUGUUCAAGCUCGCGUCCUUGUUCGUGAGGCAUGUGUCCAAAUAUGGCGCUAAUCGCAUCAAGAAACAAGCACACGAACAUCCAGCCUUUCGAGCCUGGGCGGCGAGUGGAGGACAGGUCAUACAUCAGUUGAACAUGAAGAUGUCGGUAGCGCUGUUGAGGGACCCCGAAGCAGAACAGAGAGCCAAGGAAAAGGCCGAGGCGCCGACAGUCAAGACAGAGGAUCAGCAAAAGAAGGAUGACGAGUUCAAGGCAAAGCACGGAGUUACAGCCGAGGAGGCACGCCGUAACGCAAAGCGGCCAGCCAACAUAUUGACUGUGUGGAGACGGAAGUUCAGGCCGUUGCCGGAGCCCAAGGCUGUCGACCUGUUUGCCGACGUUAUUGGCGACGCCUUCAUCUUGUCUGUGGCGGUUGCCCUUGUCAUAUAUGAAUGGUACAAGUCGUCCACCAAGCCCGAUCACAACGCUGAGCGGAUCAAGGAGCUCGACGCUAAGCUCGAGUCUCUUGAACAAGAGCGUGAGAACGAGCGCAAGCGUCAAGAGAGCCGCAUCUUGACGCUAGAGAUGGCCUUGAGGAACUAUAAGGAUCCUAAGACGAAGCAACCACUUCUCCCUCCAGCGCCAACUUCUAUGAUCACGCCACCAAAAUCACCACCGGCUUCAUAG